AUGUCUAUUAAUUCUAAAGAAUUUUCUAACGAAGAAAACUCGUCGCAAGCUUUGCACGAAUAUAAUUCAGCUCUAAGUAGCUCAUUGGAAACACGAUAUAAUGAGGCUUCAAUAAAUUCCCAUAUUGUAUUCAUUUCGAAACCUUUAAAUGUUAACCCAGUCACUUCAGAUGCUCAGAGACAAAGUACGAAUACGAAUCAAAAGAAGCCGGACAAAAAAAAGAAACGUUUAGAUUCAAAUACGUCAAAUGAAUAUUUCAAACGAAGUAAAUACGCGAACGAGGAAAUACUUGAAGUGAACCUUGCUGCCACAUUCUCAGGGAAUCCAUCAACGUGGAGCUAUGAAAUAAUGGUUGCCCAGCAACCUGUACGUGCACGCAUGUGCGGAUUCGGAGAUAAGGAUCGAAGACCCCUUUCUCCGGCACCAGUAGUCCAGCUUAUUGUUAAGGAUAUUCAAGGGAAAAUGAUACAACCAAAGGAAAUAAAUUGCUCAUUAUUUGUGGUUCAUGCAUCUCUUUGGAAAGAAAACGGCAUCGAUGAAGCCAUGAUAGUUGCACACCUUCCAUCCAGGCUAUCUCCCGCAAACUCCACACAAUCUUUGACCAAUAAUUUACUUGGAAAUCGAGCCGCAUCCCCAUAUACAUUAAACGACAUCAACGGUAUACCAGGAGUAUAUUUUAUAUUUUCGGAUUUAAGCGUAAGAACUGAUGGAGAAUUUAAACUAAUCUUCAAUUUAAUGGAUCUGGGCAUAGCUACCAAUUAUCCUUCGACUUCGAAUAAUCGACGAAAAAUUAUUAAUGUGGGAUCUCCAGCGUCGGAUGUUCUGGCUAGCGUAUCUUCUAAUAGUUUUGAGGUGUUUCCUGCGAAGAAGUUUCCAGGGAUGCUUGAAAGCACUGCUUUAAUUCGGUGUUUUUCGAACCAGGGCUUGAAGAUCCCAGUGCGCAAUAGUCACUUAACAAAACAUAACUCACAGGAACCUCAAUCCGAAGAAUCAUCUGACAGAAUACCUGCGACUAAUAAGUGA